AUGCCCGCCAUGGCGAACCCCCUUUCCGGACUCGACGCCCGCCGACGGCCGGCCGCCGACCAGCAGUUCAUGUUCCCGGACCCGCUGCCCCGGCCGGACGCGGGCGCCGCGUCCGUGUCUGCGGAUAUGUUGCCGCCGCCGCUGGGUGUCCCCCGGCCGCUGCCCCUGUGGCUGCACCCGUCGCACGCGCGGCACAUUGUCAAGGGCAACCUGAUGGCGCUCAGCGCGCGCCCCGAGACGGUCGAGCCUGGCGAAUGGAUCGCUCAUCAAGUCGUGGAGCACUACCGCAACCUGUGGAACUUUGUCCGCGUCGUCCACGACAAGGAGGACGACGGCACCGCCAUAUGCAACGCGUCGACGUGUCCCAAGAUGUCGGCCGGAGAGAACCGGUCGUACACGUGGCUCAACCGCAACCGCGAGCCGGUGGACCUCCCCGCCCACGAGUACAUGGCGCUCAUGCAGCGCUGGAUCUCGGGCAAGAUUGACGACGACGCCGUGUUCCCGACCGACCCGGCGGGCGUUUCGUUUGCGCCCCACCCGGAGCUCGCCCGCAGCCCGGCGGCGGAGGGCGGCAGCGGCAGCGGCAGCGGCAGCGUCGGCGUCGGCCGCGAGGAGUGGCUGGGCGGCCGGAGCGGGUUCCCCCGGCAGUUUGUGGGCACGGCGCAGCUGGUGUUUCGGCAGAUCUUCCGGGUCCACGCCCACCUGUACUGGGACCACUUUGUCGCGCCGUUUUACCACCUCGGGCUGGAGAAGCAGCUCAACAGCUGCUUCAGCCACUUCGUCCUGACGGCCAGCACGCUGGACCUGCUGCAGCCGGAGGAGCUGGAGCCCAUGCGGUGCCUGAUUGACGUGUGGGCUGCCGACGGGACCUUUCCGCGGGGGUCCAAGGCGUACACGGCGGCGAAUGUGGAGCGAGGAAGGUACAUGAUGGGAUUGGCGAGGUGA